AUGCAACUCUUGAGACACCCAGCCCGCUCCGCCCUCCGGGGCUGCCACCGCCCUCUCGCCAAUGGCGUCCGCUUCCCGCCCCCCAAACACUCCGUCGCCGCUGCCGCCGCCGUCGCCGCUCCUUUUUCAACGUCGUCCAUCAGGCCGGCCAAGAACCAGAUCUACGCCUCCGUCCGCCGACCUGACGACUUCCACACCUACCAGCUUCUCUCCUCGUCUGCACGGACACCGCUGAUAACCCUGUGGACCACGUCGUGGUGCGGAACGUGUCGAGUCGUCGCACCGUUAAUCCGAUCCAUCGUCGAAUCCGGCGUCGGCGAGGCGGAGGGCGGCGUCGCAUACUGCACCGUCGAGUUUGACGCGCCCGACGUCAUGGGCGGCGGCCUCGGCAUGACCUACAUGAUCUCCUCCAUCCCCACGCUCCUCAGCUUCGACAACCAGGAGGCACAGAUCCAGACCAAGGUCCACGACGCGAAGAAGCUCGCAGACCGCGCUUUCCUCGAGGAGUGGAUUAGGACGGAGGCACGGCGGCACGGCCAGCGCGGAGGCGGAGGGUCCGGCGGCGUCUUCGGAGGGCUGUUCGGAGGUUUCAAGUGA